UGGAGAAAGAUGGCGGAGAGGAGCUGUGGAGGCUGCAUCGGUUGAGCUGCUGGCAGUUCAAACAACAACAGACGGGCUCACAGUCACCGUGGAAGGGGGGUCGGAGUGAAGGGAGGGCAUUGCCGUGUGAGCAGGGCGACGUUAAUCUCUGACCCGGCGGAAAAGUUCAUUUAUAUUCUUUCCUCGUAACGAAAAAGAGCCGAGCGGAGAGAGCCACAAAAACAAGUCGGACAUGAACGGGGAUAUUGUUUGCAACAGCCGUUCAGUCACAGUCCUAAGCUGCACCAAGUCCAUAUCAGCAGUCCACAAUGAGAUCAAGCUGACACAGGAGGGAAGAUGCUCUCCAGUUUGCUUCCCGCAGAAUGAUGCUCGGAGGCUGGGAGAGGGCAGGAGAACAAACUCGAUCAGCGCCACACCCAAAGACUCAAAGACUGAUUUCCCUGAAAUGGAAAGCAGCUACAGCCAGUGUUCACCCUGCUGGUCAGAUGAACAGCCUCCGCAGUUCCACUGCGCUCAGACCUGCCUUCGCUCCCCCUCUGAACUCCCCCUGCCUCUGGGUAACAGCCUGUCUCAUGCUCCCCUCCACGCCAACAACAACAGCAGCGCCCUCCGCGGCCUCCAGAGGAGGACAGUCCGCCUCAAAGGAAGGAAAUCCACGAUAAGAAUUGCAAGUGGAAAAAACUCCCAAAAUCGUAAAGUUACCGAUUACUAUCCAAUAAGACGAAGCUCAAGGAAAAGUAAAACAGAGCUACAGUGUGAAGAAAAGAGGCUCAUCGAUGAUCUCAUCACAAAGGGAAUAGAAGAAGGAAUGGAGGUGCAGCAUAUUGAAGGAAAGGGGAGGGGUGUGUUUGCCAUGCGUUGUUUCCAGAAAGGCGAGUAUGUGGUUGAGUACCACGGAGACCUGCUGCAGAUCACAGAUGCCAAACAGAGAGAGGCCGAGUACGCCCUGAACCCCGCCACCGGCUGCUACAUGUACUACUUCCAGUAUCUCUGCAAAACCUACUGUGUGGAUGCUACAAAAGAGUCUGGUCGAAUGGGUAGGUUGAUAAAUCACAGUAAAAUCGGAAACUGCCAAACCAAACUCCACGAAAUCAACGGGGUCCCUCACCUCAUCCUCGUUGCCUCUCGAGACAUCGACGAGGGCGAGGAGCUGCUCUAUGACUAUGGAGAUCGCAGCAAAGCCUCCAUCGCAGCUCACCCGUGGCUCAAAUACUGAUCCUCCAAAACAAAACAACGGAAAGGGAAACAUACAGUAACACUUGUGUUUCUCAAUAGCUAGUGUACAAAAUGCCUUAGAAACAGAAUGUGUACCCUUUUUGUUCAAUAAUAAGGAAGUGGGCGGGGGGAUUAUGUGUUCCGGGGUACUUAUCACAUUACGAUUAAUGUCUUUCUGCCUUGUCAGAGGACAUCUGUACUUUUAUUUAUGUGUAUAUGAAACAUUCUGGUUGUUUUGCAGCACAUUUGUUUUGUACAUUUUGUAUUACCUAUAGACCAAUGCUUCUACAGCAUGUAGGUGGUAGUUAAUGCUCUGCAAUUUUAUACUGCGUUUUUCUUAAUUAGUAGUUAGAUACUUAGCAAUACUUACAAGGCCCCAGAGCCCUGUUUUGGAUCAGCGAGAAUACGAGAUGCAAAAUAUGUUCGUGUUCAAAUGGAAUUUGAUUUCAGCCAUCCAAACUCACACAAUCUACCGUUAAGUGUAAAAGUUUACCAAACUCAUGGUUCAGUUGGUAUUUUGGUCUUGAUUACAAAAAACAUGAUUUGACGCUGGAGUAUUUUACUUUUUUGAAGUGUAAAAUAACCUGUUGUUGAUCAUGGACGCUUUGAGGAUCUCAUGGGAAUACAAAUGAAUUAUUUUUUAACCUAUAUUGUAUUUUAUAAUAUUUAAGAUUUGCAAUACAUUUGAACACCAUCAAAUACCUACACUAUAUUUGGUUACAAUUCAAAUGUAUAUGAACGUUGCAUAACUAAAAAUCUACUAAUAUAAAUGAAAUUGAAUAAAUGACUAACACAGGAAUUCAGAUUUUACAUUUCUACAUAAAAUCGCGACUCGCUUACACUAUUAACUAGUGUUACUUUUAAUUUCACUUUAAAAUGUAUCACUGUCUAUACAAUCGCACCAUAUAAAUAUAUUUAUUGGCAAUUUUCAAAACAAAGGGUGGUUUCAAAGAUAAGUUUAGACUUUUUUGCAAAGAUAUCAUGUUACUAUGUUUGAUCUCAAAGCUAAUUGGAGCCGCUAACACCCCAAAUCCUCUUUAAAGUAGCAUCAUUUUUCGUUCCCAUUUUCAAAUUUUUCAGAACAUUUGACGUUUUUACACUAACAUACUGAUCGUUACAAGGAAUUUAACCCAUCAAAGCCUCUACCCUCCAGGAGCCUUUGAUUGAGCCAACUCAGAACCAUGUACAAAAAUGGUACGUUUAACAGAAAAAGCUUUCAGCUCUUUAAAAACUGAACUGUUUAAAUUAGUGUUUUCGAGUCAGGCAAGGCAAGUUUAUUUACAAUCAGCAGUUAUGUCAGUCAAUUCAAGUCUAACACCAAAUUAAUGUGAUGGAAUCGUUUUUUAUUGUAGCAAAGCUUUUUAUCGGGGGUAAAAAGGACCAAAACAAGUCUGAAAGUGGCUUAAAAGAUCAAUUUAAACCUAACGGUUAAAAAAAAAGUAGCCUAAUCGUGAUUAAAACUGCUCAGGCUGAAAACACUGCAUGUUGGUUAGCUGCUUCCCCCGUUUCCAGUCGUUAUGCUAAGCUAAACUAAGCUAACCGCCUCCGAGCUGUACAUUCAUAUUUAACCGACACGGACAUGAUAGUGGUAAUAACAUUUGUUCUUAUUAUAUAAAACAAAGCAAAAAUAAGUAUGUAUUCUUUUUUUCAUCAAAGUUUUGCUUUUGACAGGUAUAUUUAAUGUUUUGCUCCCAUGUUUUUGGUGAACUGUUACACUGCUUUCUGUAUAUCGUAGACUUUUCAGGUUUUCUAAACUCCCGUUCUUCCCGCUCACAAAAUAUUGUUCAUAUUCUUUCAUGUGAAAGUAUUUAACAGCUCAACUGCCAACAGGUCAUUUUUUUAUUUGACAUUUUAUUUAAUUUAUGUUUCCAUUGAAUUGUAGCCAGAAGGUCAAAUAUACCCCAAAAUGUUCCUAUUUAUCCUAAUGAGUUUUUUUUUUCAUCUAGGAAAUCUAAAUAUUAUUACAAUUUUAGCUAUUUGGUAAUUGGUAUAAUCAGUAUUAAAUAAAGGUUAAAUAAAAUUAACAAACUAAUUACAAAUGAAUGUACCACAGUAAAAUGGCCACAUCAUCAGUUAUUUUGAACUUUGCUAUGAACAGUUAAAUAAGACAGUUAAAUAAUGUUAUAAGAGUUAUAAAUCAUAACACUGCUGAUAAUAUAUACAUGUAUAUCUUACAUGUAACGCAACAUGCAUCAUCACUUUCUCUAGCAUUAUGGAAUUUAUAUUUAUUUAAUGUCCUUUUUUAAAAUUAUAGGUUUGUAUCUAAAAUAAUACAUUAUUUUUAAUUAUGAGUUUGGUAUUAAGAUUUUGGGGCCCUGUCUUAAAGGAAUAGUUGGACUUUUUGUGAAUUAUUCCUACUUGCUUAUCCUCUUAUCUUACUCCUGGAAAGAGAUCCAAAAAUGUUCAUUUCUUUAUGAUCUCUGAAUUUAAUAUUUUGCUUAUUUUUAGCAAAACAAUGCUAAAGGUUAAGCUGUUGUACCAAAUGUUGUCCAUUAUUUCGUGAUACAUCUCUGUGGCUGUUUAUGAUGUAUAGAUAAUCCAAAAGAAGUGUUCAAAAAUCAUGAAAAACUUCUUAAAGUAUCCAAAAUGUUCAGUAUAUUAUUGAAAUUGAAGGGUUCUUUUACAUACAAUAUAAAAGCAUCCUCAGUGUUAAUACAAAGACCAGUCAUUAAAGGUAAGUUUCAGGAAACACACAUUUUGACCUUCCUUCUCCACACUACAGUAGCAUUGUGUAUAACAGGUGUGAAAUGAUUUCAUGUGAGCCUUUUCUUAAACAUGUUACAUUUUGGAUUAAUAAAAUACAUUGUAUGGUUAAUUGUAGAAUCUAUGGAAUAAUACCAGAUGGAGCAAAACUGACCUGUUGGCCAUUUUUAGAAUUGAGUAGAUCUUUGCUGUUGUAGCGUUGAAUAAAUCUUAAUGCUGGGGUUUAGGCAUCGAUGAAUAAAGAUGUAUUAUGCAAGCUACAGGAGUUGUCGUCUGAUUUGUUUUUGUGUUAAAAUAAAGAAUUACUACUGUA